AUGCCAACCAUCCAUAUGGGCACCACCGUCAAUACACUCAGCCAGUCUAUGUGCGAGUGGCCACCCCCGUAUAUAUACACGGUCGAAAAGACACUAAACAAAAACCAAAAAAUGAUGAUUCAAAUACAAUACACCGGUUAA